AUGGGUUCAAUUUCGACUCAUGUUGACAGUACUGUAAGUAGUGAUGAGACUACUGUACUUCCUUCUUCCCCUUUAUAUUUUUUGCCAUCUGAUUCACCCGGUACAAUGUUGGUUUCUAGCACAUUUGAUGGUACUGAUUAUGGGAGGGGAAUGUUACUAGGCUUAUCUUGUAAGAACAAAUUAGGGAUGAUUAGAGGUACAAUUCCCAAACCUAACCCUGAUUCCCCUCUAUUUGAGAACGAUAUGGUAGUCGCUUGGAUACCUAAUAGUUUGGAUCAAGAUAUUAGGGAAACUGUCAUGUACACAGAAUCUGCUGAAAGGUUGUGGAAUGAAAUUGAAAAGAGGUUUGGGCAGGCCAGUGGUAUCAAAAUAUAUCAGAUUAGAAAGGAAAUUUCAUCUGUUUCUCAAGGAACAUCCAGUAUUUCCUCCUAUUUCAAUAGAAUCAAAAAGCUUUGGGAUGAACUCUCAUAUUCUAUCUCCUAUCCUGAUUGUGUUUGUGGCUGCAAAGAGAAGUUUCAGAAACUGGAUGAAGAUCAAAAGGUUCAUCAGUUUCUGAUGGGUCUCAAUGAGUCCUACUCUACAAUUAGACGCAGUAUUCUCUUGAUGAAGCCACUACCUGAUGUGGACAGUGUCUACACCAUGCUCGUGAAUGAUGAGAGCCAGUUCACGGUACAAACUGCUAUUCCUUCUUUCAAUACUGAUUCUGUGGCAUUCUCCACCGAUACUGUAAAAAGGCCUGGACAUUCAAUUGAAAAAUGUUUCAAGCUCCAUGGCUUUCCACCUGGAUUCCUAGCUAAAUUCAAAAGGACUGCAGCUUUUGCUCAAGUUUCUGAUACACAAUCUCAAAGUCAGCCUGAGGUUGGUGGUGAUGUUAAGCAAGUGACUUCAGACUCUGGAGGUACAAGCAUUACUAAGGAGAAAUUUGAUCAGCUAAUGAAUCUUCUGCAACAAUCCAAAAUACAAACUAGUCCUCAGGAAAUCACUGCUGGUUCUGCCAAUUUUGCAGAUUCAGGUGCAACUAAUUAUAUGACACCACACUCUUCCUUCUUGUUUGAUAUUAAACCUCUUAUUUCUCCUUACUUGUUUAAUUUGCCUAAUGGCUACAUAGUCAAAGUAACAUGCACUGGCACUUUAACCCUAACUCCUGAAAUUUCCCUGACUAAUAGGCCAGUGACACUUGGUAGUCUUCAGAAUAAGCUCUAUGUUCUCAACCCUGCUACACUCACUUCUAGUUGCAACUCUAUUUUCAAUACUUCGUUUGUAAAUACCAUUACUGCCAAUUCCAUCAAUGAUAUGAAUAAGAGUAGUAGCCUUUUACAUUGUCCUGUUUCUUCUAAUUCUGUGAAUGCUGAUGAGUCUCCUAUUAACAGGUUAUCAACAUUGAAUAUUAACGAUAAACAGAACAAGCGGAAGAUUUAA